GCGGUCUAUUCCAUGAAGGCUGUUAUAUUCAGAAUUAAACAAGAUUUAAAGUCAAAUUUGUGCAGAUUUUUCAUCCUGUUUUUUCUUUCCUUCCACUUCUGAUACCGAACCAUGUGUUUGAGCUGCGGGGAGACACGAGGAGCUUUGAAUACGUUCCAAAAUUCACCACAAGUUUCAAACUGACUUUUAUUGUGCAUGGAGAGCACGACACAAACUCACUCAAGUGUUGGAAAUUAGAGAUCGUUUCAUCGCGUCUACGCACUGGCUUUUACGCACAUCGGCUGAAUCCAGCGCGUGAGGAGCGGAUAACGCACCGCAAACUGAACACUUUUAUACGGACACAUAAGAAGAAGUCAACUAACGUAACAAUUAAGUAAUUAUUAGAAAAUAAUUACUUUGUGUGCUGCAAACAAGAAGAAAUCGGGAGAUUUAUAGUGAAGAUCGGGGAAGUUGAUACUCUGUGGACGCACUGUGGCGCACAAAUGGUGUUUCUGUGGGACGCAAAAUACGACCCAGCCCCCGGCCGGCGUUACACUCCCCCCUCCACCACCCUCGCCUCAGGGGGGAAGAUGACCGAGGCCCUGCCCUUGGGUGCCCAGGAGGCUGGAGGCGGGGCCGCUCUGAUGGGCAAACUACGCAUGGCCGACCGCGGCAUGGUUGAAGUGAUCUCAGAUCAUCCUGGAGAGCUGGUGAAGACAGACAGUCCUAACUUCCUCUGCUCUGUGCUGCCUACACACUGGAGAUGUAACAAGACUCUACCCAUUGCUUUUAAGGUGGUUUCCUUGGGUGACAUCCCUGAUGGUACCUUGGUAACAGUGAUGGCAGGAAACGAUGAGAACUACUCAGCAGAGCUCCGCAAUGCUACGGCCGCCAUCAAGAACCAAGUGGCCAGAUUCAAUGACCUGCGCUUCGUUGGCCGCAGCGGGAGAGGGAAGAGUUUUACUCUCACCAUCACAGUGUUCACCAGCCCUCCUCAAGUCGCCACGUAUCAGAGAGCCAUUAAAAUUACAGUGGAUGGUCCCAGAGAGCCACGACGUCAUCGACAGAAAAUGGAUGAGGUGAAGUCCGGCUCUCUGGCUUUCUCUGAGAGGCUAACGGAGCUGGAACAGCUGAGACGGAGCUCGAUGAGGGUGACGCCUCCUCACCACCAUCACCAUCAACCCUCCGCCAACACCCGUCAAUCUGCAGCGCUCAACUCUGCCCCUUUCUCUAGCCCCACACACGCUCAGAUAACUGCUGAUUCCAGACAGAUGCAGUCAUCUCCAUCUUGGUCCUAUGACCAAUCGUAUCCCUACCUUGGUCAGAUAACUGCUCCCAGCGUCCACUCAGCCAAUCCCCUUUCCCCUGGUCGCUCCUCACUCAGUGACCUGUCGUCCCGACUGACAGGUCCUGACCUAACAGCGUUUGGUGAUCCCAGGAUGACAUUAGAACGACCUUUUACCUCCCUCCCAUCCUUACCUGACUCCCGCUUCUCUGACCCACGGGUACACUACCCUCCCACCGCAGCUGCCUUCACCUACACCCCAUCCCACAACCCAGUUUCCAACAGCGCCCUCGGCAUCACUAUGGCAACAGCCAUGGCAACCACACCUGCAGGGAGGUACCACACCUACCUGCCUCCUCCCUAUCCUGCGAACACCCCCCACCAGGCUCAGAAUGGUCCCUUCCAGUCCACCUCCUCGCCAUACCACCUAUACUACUCCACCGCUGCCGGCUCCUACCAGUUCUCCAUGAUGGCUGGAGGAGGAAGUGGAGGCGACUCGCGCUCCCCACCAAGGAUCCUGCCACCGUGCACCAACGCCUCAACAGGCUCCUCCCUACUACACCCCUCUUUGCCCAAUCAGAAUGAAGGAGUGGGUGUGGAGGUGGAGUCUAGCCACAGUAGCUCCCCUACAAACAUGGCAGCAGCUGAAGCUGUGUGGAGACCUUACUGAACCAGCUGAGGUGAUAGACCAACACUGAAUGAUUGCACAAUGGUUGCAUUCAUAUAAGGUGAUCUCCUGGUUAUGUGACGACCGACACCAACAAGGGCGGAGCAAGCUGACAUCAAUGAACACUUAAAUACGCAACAAUCCAAAAUAUAAUGAGACAUUAAAGGCAAUAAGUCAAUGUUAUAUGAAAGAUGUGUCAACAUAAUAGGCUAAGGUUGGUGCUAUUGUAUACUUCUUUUACUGUCAAAUAAUCUCAUGAAAAAAACAUACCCAAUAAUGUGUUAGUUCAUCUCUCAGUACUUUCUGACUUCACUCCCCCUCUCAGCCACAAGCCAAUUGGUUUUGGGCCAACAAAUAUAAAGUUUCAGAAACGCUCAGUAAUUGUAAACAGUUGGUCACUGUAGUUUUUACCAAACAAUUGCUCAAACAGGAAGAAAUUGUACAUUUGUCAGGGAUUAGUUUUAAUGGUGAAUUAAUCCACAUUUGGUUUUCUA